AUGCCAGGCUACCUGGUACCCGGUCCUCCAGUGAGGCUGUGCGUGGGCCUCACGUGCAUUCUGUCCCUUUGGAACACAGUGUCUGCGAUGAAAGGAGAAGCCAAGAAGGAAAAGGUGAUGACCUUCCUUCCUACAACAGUGUCUGGCCUUGGAGGAGAAGAGAGGAAGGAAAAGGGGGUGGCUUUUCUCGACACCACAGAGCUGCCCGCAAGGUCGGUGGACCUGUCUGCGCUGAACCUGACAGAGCUGGUGAAUGGAAUGCUGAGUAGAGCUUUAAAAGAUACCAAGAAGUUCUUCUCCUUGCUAAGCAUCACCUCCUAUAGUUCCGUGGCCUUCCACAAGUUUUCCGUGGCCAUUUACAACAUUUCUAACCUGAAGGCUGUGGACCCGGCCAGAUUCCCCACCCGGUACUGCUACUGUUUAAACAACCAGACCAAUGACUUAUCAGAUUUCACGGCCCUGCUGGUGGACGUCAUUGGAAAUUCUACCAGCUACCUCACAGAGAUUUUCAAGUCAACCUCAAUCCUCUCAGUGAGUCAGACAAAUGAAUCCGACUGCAUCUUCAUCUGUAUGAUGACAGGAAAGUCAGGAAGGAACCUCUCCGACUUCUGGGAGAUGGCAGAGAAAUCUCCUGUCAUCAACUACACAUUUACCAGCAGCAUGUCUGGUGUUCCGGGUGAGUCUACCAGGGGCACGGCCGUGACCUCAAUGCUCACGCCAACAAGCCAGCAAACACUACUGAGGGCAAGGCCCCUGCACGGAGCCCAAAGCACCGGAGCAUCUUCUCUGAGAACUGCUCCCUGGACAGAGACAACUCAUCUUGCAAAGGGAGAGCAGACCCCGAACACAGGAGCGCUUCCUGAACUUGACGCCAGGGCCACGGCCACGUGGGGCAGCACCUCCCCCACGCUCCCAGGCUUGGCUACCAGGAGGGGGUCCGGGACUCCAUGGGUGACCGCCUACAGGCAGGCGUGGACUUCCAACCUACCUGUGCCCUGGGCUCAGACCAUGGGUGAGAAAGCACCUGGAGGGCCUCCCUGGGGAACACCGUCCUCCACGCCGACAUCUGCAGAGGCCGUGACCAUGAGAAGCCUUUCUGGGCCACCUGCUGAGACAGCGGCCACACACAGCAGCAGCUCCCAGGCCAGCCCAGCCUCAGGAACCGUCACCCCUGGCACAGAGACUCCGAAUCCAACCAAGGCACCGGCCCCUAGGUCCCCACAGACAGUGGCCCCUGGAGGAGAGCCCGCCCUGGCCCCGGGGCCCCACCAGGCUUCCAGGUGUCCUCAGCUGCUCCUUGAAGAGGGGGCCGUCACAGCUGCCCCCCUCACCUCGGCCAUCCACAAGCUCAAACCUUGCCUGAUGGAGCUGUGUCGCUUUUUCCAGCAAUGCCUCUGUGUGACCCAGAAGAGAGACCCCGGAUUGGAGGCCACGAGGUACUGUCUUGAAUACUAUUCCUGGUUUCUGAAAAAUGCAACAUACAUCUGUCAGAGGAUGAAAAGGGUGCCCCACUCACACACCUUAAAACAAAAAUGCCUCUGGAAUAUCUGCCGGUCUGUGUGAGGCCUUGAAAGGAUGAU